GCUUGGACGGGGAAAGUGCGCAUCAAGGCCCUCGCGUAUCAGCUGACGACCAAGGGCGGUACCACCCAUCUAGACCUUCAUGGUCAGCAGAUCACAGACGAGGGCUGCCAGGCACUCGCAGGUGCCUUCAAAUCCAACUGUACGGUCACCUACGUCGACCUCCGUUACAACAUGAUCGGAGGCGAGGGCGCCGAGGCACUCGCAGAUGCCUGGAAGUCCAAUCACUCCGUCACCCACAUCGACCUCCGAUUCAACUACAUCGGCGACGAGGGUGCCAAGGCGCUCGCAGAUGCCUUGAAGUCCAACCGUACGGUCACCCACGUCAACCUCCGAUUCAACGAGAUCGGGGACGAGGGCAGAAAGGCCAGGCGGCCACGGAGUGUUUGCAGCUUGCAAUUUCGAGCCCCGCUUUCCUGUGAGAGGCACUCGGAGAUGUUCGGAAGUUCAACCAUGUUGUCGUCGAGAUGUAUUUUUAAGGCCAGCACUUUGGUGCAUCAGUCGAUGCUGGGAGCACAGGGAGUAACACAAAAGAACAGGCUCGUUUGUUUUCCUUACUCCGUUCAGCGGUGCAUCAAUAGUGGCCGCCAGGGCCUAAAUCUAGUAACAGCAUCAUAA